GUUUAACUUGGCCUUUCCCUGUUUCCCAAUUCUCAAUUACAGGGCAAGUGUCCCAGCGUAAAGAACACGGAACAAAAGAAACGUUUUCCUUUGCUUUCCUUUCUUCUCUCUUUGUCUUCGCUCUUCUUUCCACCACUUUGCAAACCCUAACUUCCUAAUUAGGACUUUUUCUCCCCUGUUUUCUGCUGCAGAAUUAUUGCCAUGGCUAAGAGUUCAUUCAAGAUGGAACACCCUCUUGAAAGGAGGCAGGCUGAAGCAGCUCGCAUAAGAGAAAAGUAUCCUGAUAGAAUUCCAGUAAUUGUUGAAAGGGCUGAGAAGAGUGAUGUUCCUGAUAUUGAUAAGAAAAAGUAUCUGGUUCCUGCUGAUCUAACCGUUGGCCAGUUCGUGUAUGUGGUGCGAAAGAGAAUCAAACUGAGUCCUGAGAAGGCCAUCUUCAUUUUUGUCAAGAACAUUUUACCGCCUACAGCGGCUAUGAUGUCUGCAAUAUAUGAGGAAAAUAAGGAUGAAGAUGGAUUCCUGUAUAUGACUUACAGCGGGGAGAACACAUUUGGGAUAUUGGUGUGAAAUAUUCACAAACGGCAACCAUGUGAAUAGAACUUAAAAAUAACCUUUGUGAAGUAAUCAACUUAGCUGUAAAUUCUUUAAUUCUGUCGUUUGAACAAUCUCUCGGUUAAAGUUAAUCCUUAUGAUUGGUGCAAAUUGCCUUGUGUC